AUGCCCCUGCAGAACAGGGGCUGUGCAUAGACGGCUGCAGGGCCGAGGGGUAGCUAAGGCUGGCCAGAAAGUCAGGGGGGCUGGAUCCCAGUGGUUUCCCAGCCCGCUAGCUUGCCCUACUCCCUAAGCCCCUCUCAUCCCUGAAUCAGAUUGUUUCUCUGACUUCCCUCCCCCGGUAGUUUUUCCAUUCCUGACACAGACUUCCUGUGAGUCAUCGCAGCAGACAUUAGAGAAGUAACUGGAAGAAGAGAUCAAGUGUGGUGAUGGGGUAUCCGGCAAGUGACAGCUGAUGAAUUAAACCCUUCUCCUUGGCUAAUUCUGAGGGCAAUGAGAGGAAGCAGAUGAAGGGAAAUAAGAGUUACCACCCAAAGGGGAGUAAUGAAAACUGGCAUCAGCGCCUUUGGAGGCUCAGAACUUCCCUUGAGCCUCAAUGGGCCAAGAAAGUUGGAGGACAUGGCAAGAAAAGACCCUAGAUGAUCACUCUUCUUGUGCAUGAGCUUCCUGCCAGCUCAGCCCCAAGAAACCGGAUGAUGGAGAAGCUGACGGUUAUUAAGGUGGAAGCGGAAGACCUCAUCAAGCACCCCCGGGAGAAGACGUACACUUGCACUAUCUGUGGGGACAGCUUUAAUCACAAGGGCACCCUGGCCGUGCACCAGAAGACCCACAAGGAGGAGAUGCUGGUGGAGCCCCAAGAGCAGGAGGGAAGUGCCGUUGCAACAGGAGAGCUAAUGAGCCAGCAAGCUAGCGGAAGGGAAGAGGAUGCCAGCCAGGAGGGCACGAACCAGGAGGGAGAUCUCUCAGCACAGAAAGAAUCCCUGCAGAAAGCAAAGCCCUACUCUUGCACCGAAUGUGAGAAAAGCUUCAAGAUGAAGGUGGACCUCACCAAGCACCUCAGAACCCACACCGGGGAGAGGCCUUUCCCAUGCACUGAGUGCGGGAAGAGAUUCAUCACCAAGUCGCAGCUGAAGGAACACCAGAGGAUCCACACAGGGGAGCGGCCUUACCAAUGCUCCGAGUGCGGGAAAUGCUUCACACAGAAAUCACAGCUCAUCGUUCACCGGAGGAUCCACACUGGCGAGAAGCCUUAUAAGUGCGGCAGCUGCCAGAAGAGCUUUGUGGACAAGUCGCAGCUGGUCGCCCACCACCGUAUCCACACAGGCGACCGCCCCUUCAAGUGCGGGGUGUGCGCCAGGGGGUUCCGCCAGAAGAUCACCCUCAUAAAACACCAGAGGGUCCACACUGGGGAGGGGGCACGGCGGCACGGUGGGAUCCAUGCUGGCAACACCUCACAGCUCAUCGUGCCCGAGUCGACACCGGAUGGGGAGAGGAUAUUCCGAUGUGGCACCUGUGGGAAGCAGUUCAAGAAGAAGUCGAUCCUAGUGACCCACCAGAGGAUUCACACCGGAGAGGAACCCUACCAGUGCUCCGAGUGUGGGAAGCGCUUCCGGCAGAAGAUCCACCUGAUCCGCCAUCAGAGGACCCAUGCCAGGGGGGAGCCCCACGUGUGUGUCGAGUGUGGGGACGGCUUCAGCAGCAAGGGGCUGCUGCUGAGGCACCAGCGGUGCCAGCACCACAGCGAAGGACCCCACACGUGUCCCAAGUGUAGGAAAAGCUUUAGCCAGAAAGUAGGCCUCACCGCACACCAGAGAGUCCAUGACAGGGAGAAGGGAGAUGGGAACAUGGCCGCCUCUGAGGGAAAAUCUAAGGAGGCAGCAGACGGGAGACUGCCUGCCAAAAACGGCGAAGGCAGCAGCCACCCAGGGGACCUGACGGUGCCAUGUAAGAGCCAGGUCUAUAUGUGUACGCUGUGUGGCAAGACGUUCACCAAGAAAGGGAACUUUGCCAACCAUCAGCGGGCCCACACGGAGGAACGGGCCCACCGCUGUGGCAUCUGCGGCAAGAAGUUCACCAAGAGGGGGGAACUGACCAAGCAUGAGCGGAUCCACACGGGCGAGAGGCCGUACGUCUGCGCCGACUGCGGCAAGCGCUUCACCCAACGCACUCAGCUGGUCACUCACCAACGCAUCCACACCGGCGAGAAGCCCUACCCCUGUGCCGACUGCGGCAAGUGCUUCAUCGACAAGUCCCGGCUGACCGUGCACCAGCGCAUCCACACCGGUGACCGGCCCUUCCAGUGCGCGGCCUGCGGCAAGGGCUUCCGCCAGAAGAUUGCCCUUAUCAAGCACCACCGUGUCCAUGAGAGGGGCCGGACGGAUGGGGAUACACAAGGGGCUAAGGAGCACAAGUGCUCCCAGUGCGGCAAGGGCUUCGGCACGAAGGAGAACCUGGCCAGCCACCAGCGGCUUCACACUGCCGAGAGGCCCUUCAAGUGCGGCGAAUGUGGGAAGAGCUUCACGCAGAAGGCCCAGCUGGUGGUGCACCAGCGCAUCCACACCGGGGAGCGCCCCUUCCGCUGCGCCGACUGCCACAAGGGCUUCAUCGACAAUUCCCGGCUCAUCGUCCACCGCCGGAUCCACACCGGCGAGCGGCCCUUCAAGUGCACAGCCUGCGGGAGAGCCUUCACCCAGAAAAUCGCCCUGACCACCCACCAGAGAGUCCACGUGAGGGAGCAGGAGGCCACCCUGGAGCCCUACAAAUACUCCAAGCGCAGCGAGAAUGACAUGGGCAAGACCGAGCCGGGCGAGGAGUGGCCCUUCCCCUGCCACGUAUGUGGCCGGGGAUUCCGCAAGGAGAUAGCCCUCAUCACCCACCAGCGGGUCCACACCAAGUACGAACCCAACAAGUGCAGCAGGUGCGGCCAAGUCUUCCCUGACAAAGCCCAGCUGCUCCUGCAUCAGCCCUCUCACGCGGAGGACCGGCCCUUUAAAUGCAACACCUGCGGGAAGGACUUCAAGCGGAAAGAGAUCCUGAUCACCCACCAGAGAAUCCACACCGGAGAGGUGCCUUUCAAAUGCACGGAGUGCGGGAAGAGCUUCUCCCAGAAGGCCAACCUCAUGAAACACCAACUUACCCAUAUCCGGAGGGGCCCCUUCAUUUGCUCCGAAUGCGGGCAGAGCUACACCACCCUGGGGCAUUUUAAAAGGCACCAGAGGAACCAUCUGAGAAAGAGAGCCCCUUCUGGGGAGGGGAGAGACUCGGGGGAGGAGCCAGAUGCAGAUGAGCUGCCGGAGACGGGCGUGCACAAUGGGCCCAUUAUCGUGGUGAAGACGGAAGUCGAUACAGAUGACUUUGAGGUCCUGCAGGUCCCGUGACCUCACUCCCAGCCAGGAGUGGUGCACGUGUAAAGGGAUCUUCCAGGGGCAACGAAGGAGUGAGGGCCCCCGUGGAGGGUCAGUGCUGCCAACCCCAAGCACUCAAAGAAUCCCAAGUCACGCCACCCCCUCACGUGAGGAAAUUGACAAAAAUGUCACGAAAUUUGAGAAAAAAAACCACACUUGGGAUUCUUUUUUUUUCAACCUUAGGGGAGGGGGGGUGUCACUUUUUCAGGCUUUUCUCUGCAUGGGCCAGAAACGUACUUUUUCAAAUGAAAUCCGUGAUUUCGCAUGUCUUCCCAUGACUCCUGGAGCUGGGUCUUUAUUGAAAAAAUACCAAAUAUUCUGCAAGUUGGCAACGCUGACUCUUCUGUGGGUCCACGAGGGAGCUGG